CCCUCUAACAGGAAAAUAAACAGAAGAUGUUUCCAGUAAACUCCGCCGUCAACAAGCCGCUUCCCUGGGCGGUCCGUCACGAGGAGCCCGCUUGCAGUUAGCUCGGGCGAGCUAGCAUGUUACCACCCCGUGCCGUUUACUUUGGGGGCAGCCCAACGGGAAACAUCAUGAAGUCGUCUAUCAUUUUCCGCACCACCGCUGGACAAUAAGAAGCGUGUUUCGGUCCCACGGCCAUGCUUUGGAAGGACUAAUGUUUCGGAAGGACUAAUGUUUGGACCUCCGAAGCAGGCUCGGAUGGGAUUUGCGCAGUUAGCCGCCGCUACUAAUGAUUGUGCUGGAUGGCUAGCGUCGCGGCCAACCGGUUCGGACUAGCCCUGUGACACAGCUGGUUCACAUCGAUCCUAUAAAAAAACAAUCGAAACAAAACAGGUGGAUUAACCGGAAGAACCAUGCCACCCCGGCCAUCCUCGGGAGAACUAUGGGGGAUGCACUUGAUGCCACCCAGCAUCAAAGUGGACUGCCUCCUGCCGAAUGGCAUGAUCCUCACGUUGGAGUGCCUCCGUGAGGCCACGCUAAUCACAGUGAAGCACGAGCUUUUCAAAGAAGCCCGGAAAUAUCCUCUUUGCCAUCUACUACAGGAGGAGAGCUCCUACAUCUUUGUCAGUGUCACCCAAGAGGCAGAACGAGAGGAGUUUUACGAUGAAACCAGGAGGCUAUGCGACCUUCGACUCUUCCAGGCCUUCCUCAAAGUCAUCGAGCCCGUCGGCAACAGAGAAGAAAAGAUUCUCAAUCGAGAAAUAGGUUUCGCUAUUGGGAUGCCCAUUUGUGAGUUUGAUUUGGUUAAAGAUCCGGAAGUGCAGGACUUCAGAAGGAACAUUUUAAAUGUUUGCAAAGAGGCAGUGGACCUUCGAGAUUGUAACGGACCCCACAGUAGAGCUUUGUAUGUCUAUCCCCCGAACGUGGAAUCCUCAGCAGAACUGCCCAGGCACAUCUAUAACAAACUAGAUAAAGGUCAAAUAAUUGUGGUAAUCUGGGUUAUCGUGUCACCCAGCAAUGAUAAGCAGAAGUACACUUUGAAGAUCAACCAUGACUGCGUGCCGGAGCAGGUUAUCGCCGAGGCCAUUCGUAAGAAGACGCGCAGCAUGCUGCUCUCCCAGGAGCAGUUAAAGAUGUGCGUGCAGGAGUAUCAAGGGAAGUACAUCCUCAAAGUCUGCGGUUGCGAUGAGUACUUACUGGAGAAAUACCCUCUGAGUCAGUACAAGUACGUGCGCAGCUGCAUCAUGUUGGGGCGAAUGCCCAACUUGAUGCUGAUGGCAAAAGACAGUCUGUAUUCCCAACUGCCCAUGGACAAUUUCACCAUGCCGUCAUACGCCAGACGAAUCUCCACAGCAACUCCUUACAUGAACGGGGAAACAUCCACAAAGUCUCUGUGGACUAUCAACGGCGCACUCAGGAUUCGGGUGCUCUGUGCCACUUAUGUCAAUGUCAAUAUCAGAGACAUAGACAAGAUCUACGUCAGGACUGGGAUAUACCACGGUGGAGAGCAGCUGUGCGACAAUGUCAACACCCAGCGCGUGCCCUGUUCAAAUCCCCGGUGGAAUGAGUGGCUGAACUACGACAUGUACAUUCCAGACAUCCCGCGGGCUGCCCGCCUUUGCCUCUCUAUCUGUUCUGUUAAAGGCAGAAAGGGAGCAAAAGAGGAGCACUGUCCUCUGGCUUGGGGCAACAUCAACCUGUUUGACUACACCCACACACUCGUAGCAGGAAAGAUGGCGCUCAACCUCUGGCCCGUCCCACACGGCCUGGAAGAUCUGCUCAACCCCAUCGGUGUCUCGGGCUCAAACCCCAACAAGGAAACCCCUUGUCUGGAGUUGGAGUUUGACCAUUUUAGUUCUCCAGUAAAGUUCCCUGAUAUGACCAUCAUUGAGGAUCACGCCAACUGGAAUAUAUCCCGAGAGCUUGGCUUUAAUUACUGCCCCACAGGUUUGAGUAACAGAGUGGCCCGAGACAACCCCUUCACAGACAUCGACAAUGAGCAGCUUCGCCAAGUUUGUAACCGGGACCCGUUGUCUGAGAUCACUGAGCAGGAGAAAGACUUUUUAUGGAGGCAUAGACAUUAUUGUGUCAACAUGCCCGACAUCCUUCCCAAGAUCCUCCUUGCUGUGAAAUGGAACUCCAGAGAUGAGGUUGCACAAAUGUAUUGCCUUCUGAAGGAUUGGCCUGCGAUCAAGCCGGAACAAGCCAUGGAGUUGCUGGAUUGCAACUUUCCCGAUCCCAUGAUCCGAGAUUUUGCUGUCAAGUGCCUUGAGAAAUAUUUAACCGAUGACAAACUGUCACAGUACCUCAUUCAAUUGGUUCAGGUUCUAAAGUAUGAGCAGUACCUCGAUAAUCCACUGGGCCGUUUCCUGUUGAAAAAGGCUUUAACCAAUCAGAGGAUAGGACAUUUCUUCUUCUGGCAUUUGAAAUCAGAAAUGCACAAUAAGACAGUUAGCCAGAGGUUUGGACUCCUGCUGGAGUCGUAUUGCCGGGCCUGCGGCGUGUACCUGAAGCACCUGAGCCGGCAGGUGGAGGCCAUGGAGAAACUCAUCAAUCUCACUGACCUCCUCAAACAGGAGAAAAAGGAUGAGGCGCAGAAGGUUCAAAUGAAGUUUCUGGUGGAGCAAAUGAGGAGGCCAGACUACAUGGAUGCACUGCAGAGCUUCACCUCUCCGCUCAACCCUGCACAUCAGCUGGGAAACCUCCGUCUGGAAGAAUGUCGGAUGAUGUCAUCUGCCAAGCGACCGCUGUGGCUUAAUUGGGAGAACCCAGAUAUGAUGUCAGAGCUCCUUUUUCAGAACAAUGAAAUCAUCUUCAAAAAUGGAGAUGAUCUGAGGCAGGAUAUGCUGACGCUGCAGAUCAUUAGGAUAAUGGAGAACAUCUGGCAGAACCAAGGCCUUGAUCUCAGGAUGCUCCCUUACGGUUGUCUGUCAAUCGGUGACUGCGUUGGGUUGAUCGAGGUGGUGAGGAAUUCUCACACCAUCAUGCAGAUCCAGUGCAAAGGAGGCCUAAAGGGGGCGCUGCAGUUCAACAGCCACACGCUGCACCAGUGGCUCAAGGAUAAAAACAAGGGCGAGAUGUAUGACCAAGCCGUAGAUUUGUUCACACGAUCAUGCGCAGGCUAUUGUGUCGCCACAUUUAUCCUGGGGAUAGGGGAUAGACACAAUAGCAACAUCAUGGUUAAAGAUGAUGGACAGCUGUUCCACAUCGAUUUUGGCCAUUUCCUUGACCACAAAAAGAAGAAGUUUGGAUACAAGCGAGAGCGGGUGCCCUUUGUACUGACGCAAGACUUCCUGAUCGUCAUAAGCAAAGGAACGCAGGAGUGCACCAAAACAAGAGAGUUUGAAAGGUUUCAGGAGAUGUGCUACAAGGCCUACCUGGCAAUCCGGCAGCACGCCAACCUCUUCAUCAACCUGUUUUCCAUGAUGCUGGGCUCAGGGAUGCCCGAGUUACAGUCAUUUGACGACAUCGCUUACAUCCGGAAGACCUUGGCCCUGGACAAGACGGAGCAGGAGGCCCUCGACUAUUUCAUGAAGCAGAUGAACGACGCCCACCAUGGCGGCUGGACUACGAAAAUGGACUGGAUCUUCCACACCAUCCGCCAGCACGCCAUGAACUGAAGCGGCAAGCGAAAUAGUUGAGCGAACAGAAACAUUGACCAGAACGAGCUGCGCACUGAGAAUGCAAAAUGCAGUAGCGGCCAUGAAUUGCCACACGAAGACCUGGUUUCGUUUGCCAGCAUUUGACUCUGAACCAUUACCUGCCAGCGCAGUAUGAACAGGGGUGCUAAGAAGAGCCUUUAUCAGGGACACUAAAUGUUUUCACACCCGUAGGAAUUUAUUUGUGGCUGCACUAUAUGAACUUCUGAAGGCAUGGUGGAGCUGUAUUUCAUCAGUUCCCUCCAUAGGAACGAAAACUGUCUCAUGGACCUCGGGCACAUCCGGCCAUCUUCAUAAGAGCUAACGAGAGAUCCUCCUUUUUUUCACGGGGGGGGGGGGGGGGGGGCAGACUUUGUCAAUGUAUUACGAGGAACAUCACUAUGAAGUUGUACAUCUUGAGCACAGCAGGCUUUUUUUUUUACAAGAAUAAUAAUAAUAACAAUAAUCCUGGACAGCUGACAGGGGUCAUACUACAUCAUUUACACUACCUAAUUUAAAACUAUGAACCAUUAAGAAAGUGGGGAAUGAUAUUUGUUCAAAUGGAAGAAAGAAAAGGACACUGAGAAGCCGAUUCCGGUGACUCAUCACAAUCCUGAAAAAUUGAAGUAAUAGUAUUCACAGUACAAAUGGAAACGCCGUGAGAGCAUUUAUUCGAUUCGGUACGGUCUUUGUCCUCACAAGUAUGACAAUUCAGCCAACUAGAAGACUUUUUCCACUGCUUUCUUUCACAACAGUAUAUUUCUGCACUCUAGGACUACUUUGGUAUACUAUUAGGACAACUAGAUGACGCCAAUGAGGCAAACGAUUCACUAGUUGUUGACACACACCGCCUUCCACAACAACUCUGUACACUAAUAGGACAACGGUAUGUUACUAGUGGACAUAUUGAGACUACUAGUAGGGUCCAGGAGAAAUUGGGCUUUGUACCGUUUCUAAUCCAGCACAGUAGGGUCCCUUCAAAAAUUGCACUAGUUGUAGAGUUUCCCCUCUAAUAGAAAUUUUGUUCUACUAGUGUGCUGAAUUGUCAAGUGAGGUCAAAAAGUGUGCGAGUACAUGGCCAUCAAACUGGGAAUCAAGAAGAUCAAAUAAAUUCUCAAACUGCUUUCCAUAAGCAUGAGACUGACUGAGAUAUUUGAAUAAUAGCAUUUAUUACUUGGACUUACCCGCCGUUGCUAAUUUCCUAAUUUGUAGAAUAUGGAUAUGUCCACCAUGUUUGAAGUCAUUACACCGUUUUUGUUUCUUUUUGUCCAGGAGUAUAGUCCAUUUCUGAGCCAAAGUGCUACAUGUGUGUUAACCCCCUGCUCGACAGUCUUAUUGUUCAUU